AUGACGGAUUCUUGGCUGACUGCUUCCAAGGGCGUUGCCGACUCGAUGAUCGAUGAUGGUGAAGACGAGCUCGUUGUCGAGGUCGUCGACGACUACUUUGACUGCUCAGAGGUCGACUCAGAGUUUGUUGCCGUUGAUCGUGUUCAUUCGUCAGGCUCUGCCUCGGCUUGGACUGCUUCCCUGUCGUCGGCCUCAGAACAGGUCGAGGACGACGGGUUUGGCGCGCCGACCACCCUUGGGCUCGACGAUGUCGAGCUCGAUCAGCUGGCGGCCGAGGCCAAUGCCCGCCCGCAGCGCGAGAGCGACGGCUACUCGGACGACUCGUUCUUUGACGAGGACGAGGACGGGAACAAGGACGACGUCAACGUCUCUGCCGCUCCUAACAACGACGCCUACCCCCCCGCCAGCCCGCCGCCGCAGCCGACGUCGGAUCCGGCGUCGGACCCGGUUGAUGGUGCAGUGUACUCGUUUGUGACCAGCUCGGACGACCCACACGAGCCGCCGCUUGGCGCUGCGGUGCUCGGUGGCGCAGCAGUCGGCGCCGCAGCCGGUUCGAUGGCCGCCCGCGGGCGGACGAGCUCGAAGCGAGGCCAGGGCAAGUCGAGCAAGCUCAACAAAAAGACCAGCGUCGAGUGGGGGCUCGAGUCGGACAACGACGAGUCGGCGCUCUCAGACGAGUACGUGUUUUUUGAAGGCGACGGUGCCGGUCGCUUCAAUUGGUCCAAGUACCGCAUCGGCUCACGGACCGUCCGUGUCUCGUCGUGGCGCUGCUGCGGGCGGCACAUCGACACGCUGGAGACCGACAACGUCCUCGACGUGGGCCUUUUUCAGAACUGCAUCCACCGGCGUCGUGGACGCGGCAUCAUCACCCUCGCCUCGCACGACCCGACUACUCCCAUGCUGCGCCUCAAGGUCGACAACGCCAUCCCUAUUUUCCUCCGCCUCCGCGAGUACUGCGCCACCAACUGCGACCCCGAGGUGCUGGAGAUCAUCAAGUCCGACCGCAACGUUGAGCACUUUGAGCAGGACACCGACGCCCUCUUCUCGGGUGAGUACCUCUCUUGCUGCUACGGCCGCGGCUGCCCGUGCUCCUCGUGGGCAUGCUGCUCCUGCUGCGAGCCGGUCGAGCGGUUCUCGGUCAACAACUCGCACAUCCGCCUCGAGAACAAGUCGUGCUGCUACUCCAAGUUCUCCUCCGUCUUUAUCGACUGGGCCUACGACAUCAAGCUUCAGAAGCGAUGCAUGUGCUGCUGCACCCGCUGGUGCGAGUACGGUAUCAUCUCCAUCUACUCGUUCGACAACGAGGUCCCCGAGCUCAACAUCCACGUCAAGGCCGGCCGCGGCACAAACCCCAAGGAGAUCAUGGAUGGCAUCGCCUCCCGUAUGGACAUCACACAGGCCACCCGCGACCACUGGCUGCGCUCGCGGACCCAGACCGUCGUCAACGAAGCUUUCAAGUCCAUGGUCAAGGGUCGCAUGCAGGGCUAG